ACAGACAAUUUAUCAAUAUCAAAACAAUUCAUUAAUUAAUCAAUUUCUAUAAGUAAAAACAAACAACAAAAAUUUCUUCAAUGAAUCGCCGUUAUAAAAGUGCUGGUGACCACCCGUGUAAAAUAGCAGCCCCUGUGGAUGACCCAAAUGAUUGCUGGCCAUGUCUGACCCCACGUGCGAAUAUUGUUCAACGCAUCAUCCGGUCCCUGCAAAUAUACACCCUGCCAAGCUACAUACACCCGCAGACCAAGUACGUUUACCGAUCUAUCUCUUCAUUCCGUGCGGUGAAGACGCGUAUGAUCUAUCAAUGCAGCCCCUUCGUCUUGCAUCCCUACGGUAUGCUGGCUAUGAUACGAUUAUUGUCAAUGUUUUUCUUCAUGUUGAUAUAUUUCAUCAUGCAUACAUUCCGACUGUAUUAUAUGCCUCCCUACGUGGUGACGAUUGAUAUCUUCUUGAAAAUAAUCAUGGGAUUCUUCAUUGUAACCCAAUUCCUCAUCGGGUAUGUAGAGACGAAAAACGAGCAAGUGACAAUUACACUUUGCCUGAAAAAGAUCGCCGUAUGGAAUGUCAAGCGAUAUUUGUUUCUGGACGUCUUGGAAUUGUGCCGAAUAUUAUUUGUUCUUAUCCCCUAUCAGCCAGUGAGAAUAUGGUUGGAAUACAUCGUGUUUCACAUGUUUAUGAUUUCGGUGAUUCAUCGCUUCUUCAUCAGUCGACAUUUUUCAGUAGGAGCGCUUCUCCACAGUUUGCUUGGCAUGAGUCACAUGACUUUGGAUUAUGUCUCUUUUCUAUCAUUUAUUGCAAUCUGUGUGCACUACUUGUCUUGUUUCCGGUACGGAAUGCCGAGAUUACUCAUGGUAUGCUGGGGUGACAUGCCACCUCCAAGCAAAACUCUACUGGAAGACUAUCUGACUUAUACUCAUCUUAUCCUUAUGAAGUUGUACAGAGCUGCGCCAUUUUUCCAACGUGUAGAAGAAGAUUACUAUGAAAUCAUCGAGUGUAUCACUUCAGUGGUGGUUUCCGUUCUUCAUGUGUACGUCGUGGUAUUCGUGCUUGUCGCAGCAAGGAACACCAACAAAUCAAAAUACAAAUAUAGUAUUAUGUGGAAUAAUGUGCAGGCCUUCUUCAAACAUCGAAAUAUUAGUGGUAAACUGCGUUACAAGAUCUUCACGUACUAUCAGCAUAAAUUCCAGUUUAAAUUCUUUGAAGAGGAGUUUAUCAUCAAGAGCUUGUCGAAGCAUCUACAGUAUGAAUUCCAGCUACAUGCAUGUAGUCAUCUCAUGGUAAAUACGCCUCUGUUGAGUGCUUUACCCAAAGUGGUUGUAGGAAGAAUCGUUGCGUCGUUUAAACCGAUCGUUUACCUUCCCAAUGAUGUAAUCUUCAACUGGCACAGUACUUUUGAUGGUAUAUACAUUAUAUCCUAUGGUACGGUUGCAAUCUACACAGAUCAAGGCAAGGAAGUGCAACAUUUGGAAGAUGGCGGUGUUAUUGGUGCAACCGGAUAUUUUUUAGGCACUAAUUUUUUCACCACUACCGCAGUUACCAUCACAGAGGUUUACAAAGUGGACGCAUUAGAUUUAGAUCGAGUUGUUAAACUUAGUCCUGAACUUGCAAUACGUUUAAAAACAAUUGGGAGAACUCGCACGCAGGCGGUUAAAGGUCUCUAUGCGGACGGAUUAAAUAUGCUUAGAUUUGCAAGGCAGAUACGUCAAGAUGGCCGCCAGUUGCGUAAAGAAGUGCAGGAAGAAGAUUUGUUUUAUGAGAAGCAAGUUUAGAAUAUAAACCUACCUACAGUUGUCCAUGUGUUUGUUGUUUGAUCAAGUGUCAUCAAAGGUCCUCCACUGUCUCCCUGCAAAUAAAUAUUUUGUUUAUGUUUUAUAGUAGAA